AUGGUUCUCAGCAAACUCGCUCAGCUUCCGGCUCUUCCUUCCAUGCGACUCAACACCGUUCACGCCCAAACCCGCUCCAAGGAGCUUGCUUCUGCUUCUGUGACCGACUCGGCGACGCCCAGUCCGACCCAGUCAACCCAAGACACCAGCACUUCUGCCGGGGGUACCACGUCGGUGAGCGACCCCGAUGAUUACGCUGACACUCUGGCCACCAACCCCGUGUCAUCAGCAACCAUGAGGUCCAAACGCACCACCACCACCACCAACCCCUCCACUUCUACCAUUCGCCGCAAUUCAGACAAGGCCGGCAGUUUUCAUGACCGACGAGCUUCCAGCCGCGUGCGCAAACCGACCGCCAAAGCCCAAGGCCUGAGUGGCAUCAGAAAGCCCUCGCCGCCGCUUUUGGAUACGAUUGUAAUCGAAAGGUCGUCACCCAAGCCUGGGCCCUCUUUCAGCAAGGAGCCAUCGACAACUGCUCCCCUGCCCAAAGACACAUCUGAGGAAGCUCACCCGGACCCCAAGGUGGCGCAACCUACGCCAACAGCAAAUUCCGACAUAACCAAAACGCCGUCUCCCACCCAGGUGGCUGGACAAGAGGCACCAGUCGCUGUUGCCGAGACGCCUUCUCGCCGAACCUCGCAGCGGGAACGAAAACCCACCGCAAAGUUAUUAUCAGAAUCUUCGACAUCUCAGAAGCGUCCCGCCACCGACGAUGCUCCGGACGCUCCUCCCCGCAAAUCUGCAAGACUCUCCUCCUCGGCUGCCAGAGUCCCAUCAAAGCUCCGAUACUCUAUCUCCGCCGAGAAUAGUGAAAUAGAUGAUGUUGCUGAGGUUGAAAAGGCUCCCCCGCCUGAAAUUCCGUCACCACAGAAAUCCAAGAUUGUGGUCUUGAAGUCCAAGCGACUAGCCGAAGUGUUUGGCCCUCCGCCAAAGCCAAAGCCGGGUAGCAGCUCUUACCCAUCCAGAAAUAAAAGAAAAUCGAAACGGAGAGUCCAACGCAUCCCUGUCAGUGCUGAGAGCGCCAUUGCAAAGCCUGAUCCCAGGCCUGUUGAAAUACCCGGCUCAUGCAAUCUGUUUUGCCUUUCUCCGUCGUCGCGGCUCCUUGCAUUUGCAGAAAUUGCCUAUCAAAUGCCAGAUGAGGAGGACGAAAAUGAAGAAACCGUCCCCGGAAGCGUGUAUGAUUGGCGUAUGUACACGCAGGUCUGGUGCCGGUGUGACAAAGACGAGCAGACUAAGUCUGACCGCACUGAUUCAGUCGAGCUUGCACGAGCAUUGAUGCCGAACCCUGUUCAAGGCACAAGCUACGAUCCAAUCGAUCUGACUUCGAACAAAACUCCCGAAGUUGAAUUGUUGUCUACGCCUGUCAACACUAUCCUCCGUGCAACUGAUGCUGAAAGACUCUCACAGCUGUACACUGAACCUCCAAGCUACAGUGCUGACCAGACACCAAAUGGUACUACUCUCGCACCGAAUGACAUGAGGACCCGGGAUGGAUUUGUGGCCGGUGCCUCCUAUCGACCUUCUGAGUUCUAUACACCGGUAUAUGAAGCCCCGAGUCCCAACGGGGUGUACUCGGCACCGCACUCCGCAGCAUCGAGACGGACAUAUGAGCAGCGCCUCAUAGACGACCACAACGCCCUGACCGACAUCCGCAAGAGGGCAGCUGCCCGCGGAAUAGCGUGGACUUUUAACAUGACGUUCGACGAUAUUCACGGCUUGAUCAUGGAAGCGGAAGACCGAGAACAACAACUCCACCAACAAGCACAGUAUCGCCAGCAGGUAAUGAGUCCGCCACAGAAUGUAAUUGAUCGUGCAUACGGAUACCCCGGAUCACACCCUUCGCCCAGCGGAUUUGGGGUGCUCUUGCCUCCUCGAGUGACACACCAGGCACGGAGAGCUGGAAGUGGGCAGAAGAGGCGCAAGGCCAGUUUUGCGCCUCCCUCCUCAGUCAACGGAGCGGCCGAGACAGCUCAAGAACGCCACGUGUCGAAUGCUACGCCCAGCAAUGUUAGCUUUGUCGAAGACAGCACCCCACCGAGGUCUUCUAGACGUCGACCUUCAUCAUCAAGUCGACCCAAGAGCUCACGGUUUAGAGUGGAUCCGAGGGGUUUGCGAGGAGAAUCUCCCGGACCAGGAACGAUCAUCAACAUGAACGACAAACGUCUGAAUGACGAAAUGAGGAGGGAAGCAGAAGGACUUGAACAAAUUGGAAUCGCGAUGAGAGAGUUUGAAGAAUACCAGAAGCGCCAGGAAGAAGAGGUACAGGAGCGAUGGCGGCAGAGCGAACAGCGAGAGAGUCGAAGAUUGAACGGGCGUGGACACGGGCAGCCAUGA